CUAUCGCUAUUCCAGGAAACCGAAGAACAAGGUGACCGGGUUUGGGGGCUGUGAGGAACGUCGCUCCGGCGCCAGCAUGCAGGCUAGUCUUCCUAGCGCAGACCCCGGCAAGCCUUGUUUUCUUACUGCAAAGCUGAGCCCGUCCCGUUGUGCCUAACACACAGCCUCACCUCGCCUGUUUAGGCUACUCGUUAUUCCAUCAUGAAUCCCCGAACACGCUUGUCUGCUGUCGAGGCUGGGGAAAGGCGGAGACCUAGCUGACGCUCAACUCGACGGUCAUCAUGGCGACUGAGGGCCUGAUAUAAGACCCUACGCUUCUCCCAGACUCCAUGUCAAGCCAGCGAGAAUCUGAACAACAUCUGCAGCGUCCCGGAUUAUCAUCCUAUUUACUUGUUCAUAUAACUAUUUGUUACCGGUUGCCAAGAUGCGAUCAUCGUUCACCUGGGCACUAGCCCUCGCAGGAGCUGCUUCUGCAAAGCCUACGCAGACAAUCUCGCAGGCAACACAUACCGGACACCAUGCGACUUCAACACCCGCAAAUGCAUGUGCCGUGGCACAAGCAGCCGCAGAGUCGUUCCUCUCAUCCAGACCCAGCGCAACAGCAGCUGCAAUAAAGCCUUCAAUUGCGUACGAGUGUCUUAAGUCAAUCCCUGUUGAUAAGCAGAAUGACCUAGAUCUCCUCAACUACAUCGAGCCAUACAUCAACUUCCAAAGCACCUUGGAGCCUCUGGCGAAUCCUCCAGAAGGCUAUCUCGUUCCCGGUGUGGAUGUCAUUGGGGGACUCGGCCAGAUCCGAGCCCGUGUGAUGAAAGACAAGUACAAGAGCCAGAUUGAGUUUGCGCUCGAUAUCAAGCGGCUGUUUACCCAAGCUUCUGAUGGCCACUUCAACUACAACCCGGCCCUUCUCAACCUCUUCACCUUCCGCAGUCUGAACAACCUUGUUUCCGUCUCUGAUGAUGGUCUCAGCGUCCCGAGAGUGUAUCUCAUCAGUGACUUCCUCAAGUCUUAUGUCAAUGACACUGAUGUCUAUGAUAUUAAGAGCAUCGAUGAUGUCCCAAUCACCGAGUGGCUUGAGGCACAGUCUGCCCGAGUCUUCACCCAGGAUCCCGACGCCAAAUAUAACUCCCUCUUCAACACGAACCCUGCCACAGAGUUCCAAGGUGUGGGCAACGAAUUUGUCCUACGCUUCCCUGGACAUUGCCCGGACAAGCAGGUGAUCAAGUUCACCAACGGCACCGAGUACGUUGAUCAGCUCGUAGCUAUUGUCGGUGAAUCGUUGGUCGAGUAUCUCAGCAGCGCCGAGGCCAUUCACUCCAAGGUGGAGCUGCCCCCCACAAGCACCAGCUCUGUUGCGUCUUCCUCGUCCGCUACGUCCUCAUCUACCUCCAGCGCAACACCUACCACGACCCAGAUCCCGGGAUACCCGUUGCCAGUAUCCAAGCACGCCAGUGACUGGAUCUCUACGUACUUUCUCAACGGUUCCUACGGGGACACCGCGGUCCUAGCCGUGUCUUCUUUCGCCCCGUCCGAUAUCGACACUGCAAACAGUACCUUUGAGAUCGCAGAAGCCAGACGGGUUGUUGAUGUUUUCCUAAAGAAGGCAAAGGAGGCAGGCAAGAAGAAGCUCGUCAUCGAUCUCCAGGCUAACGGCGGUGGAUUUAUUGCCGCUGGUUUCCAGCUCUACAACCAGCUUUUCCCUAAGACCACCGAUAUCUGGGAUGGAAACCGCAUUCGUGCUCACGAAGCCUUCGAUGCUAUUGGACUGACCGCCCAAGAAGCUUCUCCCGAUACUCUGGCAGACUUGGUUUCGAACGUACUCAACGAAAAGCUUGAGCCCUUCAAUACUUGGGAAGACCUCUACGGCCCGGAAGUGAUUGCCGGACAGAAUGUCACAAACCUAUUGCGCUACAACCAGACUCGCAUUGGUUACUCCAAGAGCACCGGGGACCAGGUCUUCCUGCCAGAAAACAUCGUUGUUAUCACCGACGGCAUCUGCGCCUCUACUUGCACCAUCUUCACGGGUCUCUUGGUCAGAGAACAGGGCGUCCGCACGAUUGCCUUGGGAGGUCGCCCAUCGGAGGCUCCGAUGCAAGCCAUCGGCGGUGUCGAGGGCUCAGAAGUCCUCGACUGGCCGUCUUUGCAGGCUGCUAUCAUGCAGGUUGCCAGCGACGCCAUUGCUGCUAACGAGACCGACAUUCUCGAGGCAGCAUUUGAUGUCCUCCCUGACCUCGGCGACCCUCCUCUACUUCCCACCCUUGCCAAGUCAGGUGGCAGUUUCAACUACCGCAACGCUUACGCUCGUAAGCGCCCGGAUGGGUUCCCAGAGCAGUUCAUUUAUGAGGCUGCCAACUGUCGUUUGUUCUACACUUCGGAUAUGCUUACCAAUAUUACUGAGAUCUGGACCCGCUCCGCCGAUUCUGCAUGGAACAAGGCCAAGUGCGUCGCCGGAUCGACUGUCAGCAAUGACGGUAUCAUCAGCAACGACAUUCUGCCUUACAGCGACAAGGUCAUUGGCAUGAACUUGGAGUACAAGGGACCUGGUAGCCUGUCGUACAAGGGCGCCUACGAGCCUCCUUCUCCUUAUGUCCAGAAACACACCAACAACAAGCGUUCCAUUGUCGAACAGCUCAAUGUUCCCGAGAACUUUGUCUAUGAGCCCACCAAGCACAAAAUUGGUGAUCUGAAGGAGUACCUUGCUCAGAAUAUGCCGGAGGACUUCAAGUACGAGCAGAAGGACAAGAUUGCGAUCAGCCACACUCACCUUGACCGGGCUUAAUUGAGUCAAAGUUCUGGAGGGGAAUGCUUAUGAAUGAUGCUGCAGGAGGAUGGUCUUCAUCCGCUGCUUUUGUACCUAUUUAGCCACUCGUUGAUACCCAAUGGAUUGAACGUCCC